CAACUCUACCUGCUACCGUAGUGUAAUAUAUAUCCGACGAUAACGAACAAGCAACAAGAUGGAUAAUCGCUAUGGCAUUGGGUACCUGCUUCGCGGAUCAAUGCAGUCAGCAUAUACUCAAUACCGUCGAUAUGUCUAAGCCACGAUUGUACUCCCAUUGUGCAGACCCAUAACCAUGCCGAGGGACAUUCUUCCUACUCUGUGUUCUUUCAGUUUCAUUCGCUCUUUGUGGGUGCAGGCCAGAUACCAUGGAACGCCAUCGACGACGCAGCAAGCUUUGCCGCCGAGUCGCCCUCCGUCCAGAAUCUGCGCAUGUUCACCAGAUAUGAUGGGAGCCCUUCAGGUCGUGUAAGCACGUCUGAAGUACAAUCAUAUCACCAAAAUAGAGUUACAGGUCCUACCAGACCCCUCAACUCAGCACGCGUCUGCAAGAAGCCGGACGAUGCGCAGCACUCUUUACGAAAGAGCAAACACCGACAGACGACAUUCUGGAAGACUGUGGGCACAGUUCUUGGGUUCUUUCUUACAGCUCUCUUCGCAGCGCUAGGACACUUCAUGCUCGUGAAGCAUCUCAGCGGGAGACCAGUCGACACUAGCUUCCUCACGCAGACACAGGUUUCGGCAGUCUCUAUCUUGUUGAGCACAAUCUUCAAAGCUGCACUGACUGCUAGUAUGGGCAUGUGUUUCGCACAACAUCUUUGGUACCUCUUACGCGGCACGGCAAUGUCUCUUUCGACAGUCGAGAUGCUCUUCGUCAUCCGCACGAACAUCCUUGCGUUGCUCAAUCCACACGGGAUUCGGAGAGCGCCAUUACUAUUCCUCAUGGCACUUUUGAUCUGGUGUAUUGGGCUUGCAACGAUCUACCCGCCAGGAGCACUUAUUGUGGUCUUCCAGGCUCAAGAAUUCACUGAGUCCCGCAAUCUGUCGGUAAUGAACCCACCUCUUCCGCUGCACUUGGAUCUAGCUGGCGAUGAUAACUUCCCUACGUUAAGUGGCGAUGCACUGAGCUUAGGAGCGAUGGGCUCUGCUGUGGGAGAGCCCGAGAAUCCUCCGUACCGAUAUUUCUCGUAUGGUCAACCUUUGCCCGCACUGAUGUUUAUCGCACAGGCAAUCGUUUUCAAUAAUCAGAUGUUCACUCUCCCGGGUUAUCCAGGAGAAAACUCCACUUAUCGAUUACAGUUUAGAGGGCCACGUUUCAGAUGUACUACUGCACAAUAUAACAGCACCCUCCCGCUUGACUACAUAUCGCCGUCUCGCCUUCAGGCACCUAUUUUCACAACAGCAUGGGAUCAAGAACGACUGAUGUACAUGUCAAAGCAAUGCGACAUUGCCAACUACACUGUACAACGCGAUCCUAGCAUCGGGGCGCUAGUGUGGGCCGCAAAUUGUGUAGUCAAGGAACAAAUUUGCAUAGCUGAGUCUGUGCUCUACAACAUCAGUGUUAUGUUUCCGCGCGGCAUUCAGACAGUCGAUUAUUCCUUCAGCGGUUCAAAAGCACUGUCGAGAAAAGCUGACGCUUUGGGGGCAGAAUCACGUUUGGAACUUGAGCUUCCACCGAAAACGCAAGCAUUUCAGGAUUGGUACCGGGAGCUAUCAACGAUCAUACCUGUCUCCAAUGAGUGGGCCAUCCUAGAUGCAAUGGGGGCGCUCAUCGAGGGCACAUCGUUUCAACUGGAGCCAGUGCCAUCGCGUUUGUCACCGUUACCCGGGCAUCCGCCUCUUGAGUCCGUUUUGGGGCAGCAAUCCAAUAGCGGUACAGAUUGCCAGCAGAGAGAGAAUCCAUCAAGUCCUACACUAGUAUAUGAUUGUGGAACGUGGUUCGGUGGCUAUGACUACGACACACCAAACUCUUUACUCAAGGGCACCGUCUUCCACACAACUCGAUUUGACCGCCACCCGCGCGACGAAAUGUACGACCCAAGAAAAUUGCUUAAUAUUACCGAGGCCAUGCUCAAUGAGGUUUUGGUGAACAUAACCAUUUCUGCCAUCUCACUGGGCACGUGGUGGGACAUGGUGCCAGUGACGAGUACCAGAUACCGCAGUACGUAUAAACUCAGUAAUCCGCUUAACCUCAUUCUUCCAUACAGUAUAUGUCUAGCAGCAGCGACUGUCUUCAUGGCCAUCGCAAUUUGGUCGCUCUGGCGCAACCGCGCGCCUGCAGCUGAUGGCGGUUUUCUCCAAAUCAUGAUGGCGACCGUGGGCGAUACGCAGAUGAGCCGAGUCAUACUAGAGGAGAAGCUAGCUGCGGUAGACGAUAUAUCCGAUGAGUUGAAGAGCUUGAAGAUUCGUUACGGUAAAUUGGUAAAUGCAGACGUGCUAGGGAAAGGAGGCAAACAGUUUGGAUUUGGCACAAUGGAUGAGACUAUACCGCUGAGGAAGAGAACAUGAGAGCGUCAGGAGCACGAGGUUUCUCUUCCACGGAACAAACUACACCGAAUACAGAUUUCAGAUUCUUGCUACUGUACAAUGAUGAUCCCUAUCUAGUAAUUAGCCCAUUAACG